UAAUAACGAAUUGUGACGAGGAUGCGCAAUUCUGGCAUUUUGCAGUUGAAUAUUAAACUCGUCAGUACUGUCCGAUUUAUAUGUAACUAUGACUCUAUUUCUCAGGCAUUUCUUUGGUUUUGCACUUUCACCUAUACUCACUUAUGAUGAUGGAAAUAAAAUCAGCUCUCUCAAUCUUCAGUUGAGAGCUUAUCAUUAACACCCUUAUCAAAAUGCAUCUAGCUUAUUACGUAAAGACCACAGCACCUCUCAAAAACCACACACACACACACACACACACACACACACACACACACACACUUAAUGUGAGCAAAACUAUUGCUGCAGAAAGCAAAGUCCCUCCCCUUGAAUUUAUGACCCGUUUUUACAGUCUAUAGUGAGAGAGUGACUAAGAGAGAGAGCGAGUCAGGUUGUAGAAGAGUAGUGAUGCACUGGUAUCCAGUCCUGUGCGAAGCUUGAGCAACAUGCUAAGGAUUAAUCAUUUAACAUCCCUUCAGGAGCACUCGUUGUGUAACAGAAAAAGUACUUCUUUCUGCUAGAUAACAUACAAAAUGGGAGAUGUUUUUGCUGAAGCAAAACCCAAAGUGGAGGCAAGAAGUUUCAACAACCAAUUUUGAUUAUUUUUUCCAAUCUGAGUAAAGGUAAGCAAGAUCUGUGAAUAGUAAAAAUGUCUUCUUCUCCUGGUAUCAAGCGUCAGGAGCAUGUGGACAUGAUGUACAUUUCCAUAGAGACAGCUAUUGCCCUGGCCUCUGUGGUGGGGAAUGUGCUGGUGGUGCUGGCUGUGUGUGUGAACAGGGCUCUCCGCAACACCACCUUCUGCUUCAUCGUGUCACUGGCCGUGGCUGAUAUCGCUGUGGGUGUUUUGGUCAUCCCUCUGGCUAUUAUCAUUAGUCUGGGAUUUAACACUCAGUUCUACACCUGCCUCUUCCUGUCCUGCCUGCUGCUGAUCAUCACCCAGAGCUCCAUCCUCUCCCUGCUGGCUAUCGCCAUCGACAGAUAUCUGCGUGUCAAGAUUCCCACCAGGUACAGCACCAUAGUGACCCAGAGGAGGGCAUGUGUGGCGGUUUGUCUGUGUUGGAUCCUUUCCUUCCUCACUGGAUUGGUUCCGAUGAUUGGAUGGAAUAACCACAACGUUCACGCAAACCUCAGCAACUCCAGCGACAUUGUCUGUAAAUUCACCACAGUCAUGAGGAUGGACUACAUGGUGUACUUCAAUUUCUUCGGCUGGGUGGUGGUUCCACUGUCCGUAAUGAUCGCUUUGUACGCGGAGAUCUUUAGGGUGAUCCGCCGACAGCUUAAUCGGCGCGCCGAAGCCACGUGUGACGCUGAGCGGUACUAUCGGAAGGAGCUGAAGCUGGCCAAAUCACUGGCCUUGGUGGUCUUUCUCUUCGCGGUGUGCUGGCUGCCGAUACACAUCAUGAACUGCAUUGACUUCUUCUGCCCACAGUGUUCCAUACCCAAGUUUGCCAUAUAUGUAGGCAUCUUCAUGUCCCAUGUGAACUCGGCACUCAACCCACUGGUUUAUGCAUUCAGGAUAAAACGGUUCCGGGUCACGCUGAUCCAGAUCGCUCGCCGCUGCAUGUUAUGUAGACCGACGGAGCCCACCCGGUGCCCCACCAGCACACCAGACGUGACGGAGAAAGUGGAUGUAAACCUGUAACAAGAACUACAGUAGGCUACCACUGUGUACAUGGCGUACAGUGAGAUGGUGCACCGAUGACACUCGUUGGAUUAUGUGAUAUUUGGAAUAUCAACCCAUUAACGAACACAAAGCAAAGCACUUCAUUGAGUCAUGGGACAAGUUCAUCUCUGCUCAAUUCUUAUUUCUUUGACACUAUUAGAUUUUAAGAAAAUGCAAUCAAAAGAAAAAUAAUGUCAACUUUCAUUAUUUUGUUUUCACUUGAGGCUUCCUUUAUUGAUUCAUAUUGAAUUAUAACAUAUACUGUAUGUCAACAUAAUAAUUGAUGCAACAAACAUUUCAUGUUCAAAAGGCUUGUUGGUAAAUUCACCAGAAUAAACAUACAUAUCUUCUUCACUUAAUAUGCUAAUGUUACAGUUAUUUCACAUUUACAGCAAUUUAAAUAUACAGUAUUUUAAAUAAGACUUAGAGUCUACAGCCAUGCUAGCAGCUCUGUGAGGCUGUAUUUAGGCACAGCGGUGU